CGUACGAUCUCUCAUCGGGUGGAUCGAGUGUACGAGUCAACUGCCAGAAAAGUGGAACCAUCUUAUCGUUACACCAUCAGUCGAUCGCGGCAUUUCGAACGGGUAUUGAAGAAGCCCGAUUUUUCGGCUGACUGACGACGUCAAACCGUUUCGAAAAACGGGAGGAAACUAUCCAAGGAUGCUACGCCGCUGUACGACGAACAGCCGUCUGUUGUUCUUUCUUGUCGCUGCUCUGCUUUUGCUGACCGUACCGGAUGGUGCUCGUGGCAAUGGUACGGGCGAGCCAACUGGAGCCGUCCGCACGGUAAUGGAUCUGAUGGAGGUGAUGCUGAAUCGGGACAUUCUGGAUAUGCUGCAAAACGGUGGCUUCGACUUCCGGCAGCCGGCUCGCAUCUUCCUUCCGCCCAAGUUUUACUCCAUCGUGCCGUACGACCAGGGCCACCAAAGCCCGGACCAGAUACUGGGCAGCAGCCACCUUGCCGCCCCACCCGUGGUGACAAUUGCCAGUGGUGGUGGUGCUGCUGCUGGAAAAGCCACCCAACCCGAGCAGCCACCAUCUGGUGCGUCCGUGGUCGAUAAACUCGCCCGUGCCGAGCAGGGCGGCGGCAGCAGGAUCAACUUGAUUUCGUAUUCCGAUGGCAAAGUGACGACAGGCCGUGGCCGUGGCGGGCAUCCUGCGGUGACCAAUAAGGGAAGCGAAACAUUAGAGAAAAAUGUCGGUACAAAUGUGAAUGGGGCAACGAAUUUCCCGCACAGUGGCAACAGGAAGCAAACGACGCCAGCAAACGACCGGCAGCAGCCGUCCCUAACGACCUCGAUAACGGAUCAAACGGUGUCACAAAAUGUCGGCCGCACACUUCCGACAUCCGGCCGGGUGGGGGACGUUGGUGGAAGCAGCACGACGGAUCAGCUACGUUCGGCCCUGCCCGGUGAACCGGAUGUCGAUUAUCCGAUAUUGGGUAGCGUGCCGGCGACACAGUUCACCUGCGACAACCGUCAUCAUGGUUAUUAUGCCGACGUUGAGACACGGUGCCAAGUGUUCCGGGUGUGCGCCAACACCGAUUCGACCGGGCGUGGCUUUGCGUUCCUCUGCCCCAAUGGGACACUCUUCAAUCAGCGCCAUCUGGUGUGCGAUUGGUACAUGAACGUGCGGUGCGAGGAAAGUGAGAGCCUUUACGGUGUGAAUGAAGCGAUCGGUCGGACGGACAGCGGUAUGGGCCGGAUGUUGAUGAGUGGAGAUCGGCAGGAUAUGAUGGAUGUUGUGAUGUCGAUGGUUACCUACCCGAUGCGUUCGUUGAUGGACCUCAUGAACGGGGUCGGUGUGAUCGAGGAGCGUGUGGGCGAACCGGAGGUACAGGAGGGGGAGGAGAUUGGAGUGCCACCGACUGUGGAGGGUGAACAGUACGUGACGGAACCAGAAACGGGGCUAGAACCACCGUUUCAACAAGGAAGAAUACAAUACAGCCCUCAACCGGUGGUGAAUCAGUACGGCGGACCAGUGGGGAAUAGCUUUGGAGCAGAUGUUAGUCCACCUGUUAGUGAUCCAAACGGCGCUAUUGGGUCGAAUGUGUACCGACCAAAGUUGGAUAAUGUUUAUGUGUCUAGUCUUGGGACGCUUUCAACCGAUCCUGGUUCUGGGUUCGAUCCGCAGCGCUCCACACUACUUACCAGAACGGAAGGAUCAGUGAGAACCGUGUCCGGAGUGCCACAAGCAGAUUCGUACGGCAUUGUAAAUCAGAACCAGGCCGGAUUUUCCAAUCCCAUCGCAACGAACGUUCAAUUGGUGCGAGCAGAUCUGAUCAAAUCCUGGAACGACCAGCAGCGACCAGUCCUACCGCAUCAGACGCCUUCGCUGAAACUUGCACCCGUUCCACGAAUUUCCCAGCAGUCCUACAAAAUUCCAAAGCCUCCCCGCCAGCAGCACCAGUAUCAACAACCGCAUCCACAGACACCGAGUGCCAUCUAUCGGCAAGGAUCGAUACUACCACCGACGGGCGUUUUGCCACCAUCCACCCUAACACGCACCGUAUUGAUCGGGGCCAACAACAAGCACGGCGAUCUGCCCUCGGCCCAUUGGUUUGCUCCCCCCGUACGGCAAGUGCUUCCGAUCCAGCGGGUAACCGUUGUACCGGAAAAUACGUACCAGCAGCAGCAGCAGCAUCAUCAGCAACAACAAUACCACCAGCAGCACCAUCAGCAGCACCAUCAGCACCAUCAGCAACAACUCCAUCAGCAGCAACAAAGUCACACACGACCGACAAACUUUUACCAUCCGGUUGGUACUGGCUCUGGUAGCCUUUUGCCUCACAGCACUGCCUCACAGCCUACUACAGUUGCUCAACGAACAGUGCCUCAAGUACAAGCAAACUUACCCUAUACGACCCCCGUGGCAACACUACAGGGUGGUCCUGUGGUACAUUACCCGUACAACCAUCCUCCAUCCCACACCGCGGUGCAACAAGUUCCGGGCGCGGCAAGCAAUCGGGACGGAAGUUACGCAGCUUACCAACAGCAGCAGCACCAGCAGCAGCAGCUUCUACUGCGCCGCAGCGAUAAUGUACCAACGCCGGUACCAACCGCGACCAAUGUAGUUCCCCGAAGGAGGCUUCAAACGAGCACGGUGCUACAGGUAGUGCCCGCGCUAAGCUUUUACCUUAACGAUGCCGAGGAAAAGCGAGCGUUCGAUGCUGCCGUCCGGCAGGGACUGUUUGACGAGCGGAGGCGUAGCGGUCGGGCCUACACGUCGUACCAGGUACCGCUGGGCAGUGUGGGACAUCUUGGAGCGCUGUCGUAGGCCGACCGGUCUGUACUAAGAACUAAUGUAAUUUAUUGGAAGUUCGUCUCGCAAGCUCGCAAGUGCGGUGCGGCUCAAAAGCGAUGUCCUUUGAACGGUGAACGAAACUGUACAGCAGUGGCACAGCGCACGUUUGUGGGCUGAAUAGUACGGAUGAGAUUAUGAUAGGAUGCAUAUAAAGAGAGGAAAAUAAAGCAAAGUAAAGAAAGUAA